AUGGGGAGUUCAGGAGUUGGUUUUCUUAAUCGUGUGAUUGUUGCGGAUUUGACCACGUUAAAAUGGAGAGGACUAGCUACCGAAGCGUUAGCAUCCCCGAAUAUUAUUAACAUUUGGUACGCCGGCUACAUUGUCAAAGACUUGGGUCCGAGCAACUGGAGAUGGGGGUACGGAAUGUUUUGCAUUAUCAUGCCGGUGGUACUUGCUCCCGCUACUAUAAUUAUGUUUCAUUAUGAACGGAAGGCGCAUAAGCUGCUUCAGGAAGAAGAACUUCAAAAGUACAAAGAAGAAGUUGGCCUUACAAAAAAUUGGAAGAAGCUUUUAUGGCGGUUAAUCGUUGAGGUCGACUUAUUCGGCUUAGUCGUUUUGGGCUUUUCUUUUUCCUUGCUUUUAUUACCUCUUUCUUUGUACAAGAAUGCAGAGAAUCUGUGGAGGAAUCCUAGCCUAAUAGCCAUGUUUAUUGUUGGUGGAAUUCUUUUAUUUCUGUUCAUUGUUUAUGAGUUUAAACUUGCGUCCUAUCCUAUCCUUCCAAAGAGGUGUUUCAACCGUACGCUUGUGUCCGCAAUUGUUAUUGAUUUCGUAUUUCAGGUGGCCGGGAGAAUCGUUGCUCUCUAUGAUUCAUCUUAUGCGUUAAUCGUUAAAGAUUGGGAUGAUCAAUACUGGACCUACUACAACAAUACCAACACGAUGGCUAUUUGCGUGUUUGGUAUUAUCACCGGUAUUUGCAUGCGUAUCACUCGCACGUACAAGAGCUACCAGUAUACUGGUAUCAUGUUGGCUAUGAUUGGAGCAGGUAUCAUGAUUGAGGGAAGAAAUACCAGUACAAAAACUGUAACGAUGGUUUGGUCAAGCAUCCUUCUUGGCAUGGGUAAUGGUCUUAGUGCUCCCGGCACGAGUGUUGCUUUGCAAGCAUCUAUUCCUCAUGGAGACUUGGCGAUAUGUAUCUCUUUCUUGUUAUUAACAAGCUCGAUUGGUGCAUCUUUGAGUUCAGCAAUCGCCACUGCCAUAUGGCAAGGAAAGAUGGAGAAUGCUUUGAGAACACAUAUGCCCUCUACCGUGUCAGACCAGCAAGUGAGGAAGUUUUUUCUUAAUAUUGUUGCCCUCCGCAAGUAUCCUUUCGAUAGUGAGGUGAGGCAAGCUGGAAUAAAAGCCUACAGAGAAGUCAAUUUCUACUUUUACCCUAUCUCCAUCGGGUUACAGGUGAUACGCCUUGUCGCUGUGUACUUCCAAAGAAGCUAUUUCCUCGGUGAUAACCAUAAUGGUGUUGAGGUUAAGAACGGCUUUCCCUCUAGCCCAGAGGAAGGCAGAUCUAGGAACUUACUUCCUGAACAGAGAGAGGAAAGGAAAUGGAGAAAAAGUCUUUUUCGUUUAUUUUGA